AUGAACCAACACCCACUGCACAGCCAGUCAGCUCACCCAGCUCCCAGUCGCAAAUCCCGCGUUGCAAUCAUUGGAUCUGGAUUGGCUGGCCUUACCACCGCAUACCUGGUCAACCAUGAUGACCUCAAGCGCUAUGAGGUAACGCUUUUCGAGCAGGCCGAUUCCCUAUCCCUCGAUGCGGCAUCUGUGACAGUCGAAAACACAAAAACGGGCAACGCUGAGCGAGUGGAUGUUCCGCCACGCAGCUUCUGCAGAGGCUAUUACAACAACCUGUGUCGCAUGUACGACUAUCUGGGCAUUGCGUUCCAACCAAUUCGCCUCAUUUGGGUCUACACCAAGACAUCUGCGACAGCGCAGCACCCCGGCCAUGCUCCCACGGCGGAAGAUGCAGACGCCAUGCCGGGCAGCUACUUUGUCUACGGCAGAAGACUGCACGAAAUGCUGCUGCUCUCGCCUAGUUUCUGGGGCAGCUCUUUCAAGCAGAUACUGCAGACCUUUUACCUAGCUGUUUGCCACAUCUGGUUUUUUGCCGCCUGUCUUCUUCUCCAGCCGCUUGCGAGCAGCCCGAGCGAGAACUCUGCAGCCGCGAAAAGGUUACACAAUUGCGAGUCAUUCGGGGAGUACCUCGAGAGAAUACGGCUGCCACGACAAUAUGUGACUUACUACCUACUCCCCGUGCUGAGCGUCAUCUGCAGCUGCUCCCACGCAGAAAUGAUGGAUUUUCCAGCAAGUGAUGUCACUGCCUUCAUGAUGGGCUCCUUCUUGCAGAGAACGUAUGUUAGUCGGGGUGGUAUUAACAAGGUUCAAUCGAUGCUGUCGAAAGGAAUCCAAAAUAUUCGGCUAAAUACCCGAGUCACCAAGGUACAACGAGUCGACGAAGGAGUACUGGUGUGUUGGGAAAGCAGAAAAGGCGAAAAAGUCACCACUUCAGAGGAGAUUUUUGAUCGGGUGGUGCUUGCGGUAUCGCCAAACGUCGCAGCCGCCAUCUUUAGCCCAUCCAAAGCACUUCUAAGCGCGAUUCCAACAGUUCCCGUAACAACAUCAAUCACUGCCCCGCCCUCCGCAGGAAUAUCAUUAAAGCAUGAAACUGGACCUGUCCCGUCUGGGGAAUGCUCGUAUCACAGUGGCAGGCCCCAGGUGAUGGAAUUUAGAACUACUUUCUCUGACAAGUCCGCACGAUCCGAGUCCUUUCAUUUUCUGCCCAGCGGAAUGGUGGUCAGAUCAAGCCCGUGUGAUCUGACCGCAGAGUCGAAGGGGAAGUUGAAGGUAUCAAAAUUCACCAGAACACUGCGGACCACGCAGAGCAGAAGUACAGUACAAAGAAUUAUGCGUAUAGACAAACCGGCAUAUAACAGCGAAUUGCAGUGGGAGAAUGGUGCUGGCACCGAAACCUGGGUAAACGGAAAGGAUAAUGUGUGGAUAACAGGCUCUUGGUGCUGGGAUGGCCUAGUUCUGUUGGAGGGAUGUGUCGUCUCUGCAAUGAAGGUCGCCAGGGACUUUGGAGUCAGUGUUCCAUGGGAUGAGGAGUAA